AGUGCGAUCUGCCAACAAAAAGAAGAAGACGACUCAGAAAUGAAGGGCUUGUGACAGCGGUUUGUGUUGCACGUCAAUGUUCACCCGUUUAUGAUUUCUGGGCAUGACAUAAGGUGUUGAUGAGAGAAACAUGAGGACUGUGCUGAGGCUGAGGCGGCUAAUGCCAGAAGUGCGGUGGACCAUGUGUGGAAACCGAUCCUGCUCAAACUCUUCCACCCAGAGACUAGAGACAAACACAUUCAUCCAUAAACAUCUUAUUUCCAAGAUCACUGCCACAGGUCCAAUCUCAGUAGCUGAGUAUAUGAGGGAGUCGCUCACUAACCCAGUGUCGGGAUAUUAUGUGAAAAAUGACAUGCUUGGAGCAGGUGGUGAUUUUAUUACAUCACCAGAGCUCAGUCAGAUUUUUGGUGAGCUGUUGGGUGUGUGGUGUGUCAGUGAGUGGAUGGCAGCGGGGAAAUCCAGUGUGUUCCAGUUAGUGGAGCUCGGACCAGGUAGAGGUUCAUUGGCCAGUGACAUCCUGAGGGUUUUCAGUCAGUUAAAAGCUGUCCUUGGACAGACUGAUGUCUCUGUUCAUCUCGUGGAGGUCAGCCCAAAGUUAAGUCAACUUCAGGCCAAAUGUCUAACUGGAGAUCAGACUUGGACGUGUAAUGAGGAUCAGCUUGUUUACCGCAGUGGCACCACAUUUACUGGCCUGCCUAUAAACUGGUACCGGAGGAUAGAGGAUGUCCCUAGGGGUUUUAGUGUCUUCCUUGCCCAUGAGUUUUUUGAUGCUUUACCCAUUCACAAGUUUCAGAGAUCAGGGAACAGCUGGCGGGAAGUGAUGGUUGAUAUUGACCCUGAACGUCCAGAAAAACUGAGAUUCGUGGUUUCUCACAGACCCACACUGGCCUCCAGCAUGCUUAUACAGAAAGAUGAAAACAGGCAGCAUGUGGAAGUGUGUCCAGAAGGGGGAGUCAUUGUUCAGAAACUGGCCAAUCGGAUUGCAGAUGACGGAGGCGCAGCAUUGAUUGUAGACUAUGGGCAUGAUGGAACAAAGACUGAUACUUUCCGAGGCUUUAAAGGCCAUCACCUCCACAAUGUCUUGGAAUCACCUGGCAUGGCAGACUUGACAGCAGACGUGGACUUCAGUUACCUGAGGAGAAUGGCAGGGGACCAGGUGACCUGCUUGGGACCCAUCACACAAAGAUCCUUCCUAAAGAACAUGGGCAUUGACUCACGCCUGCAGGUCCUCCUGAGGAGCAGUCAUGACCCGUCCACCAGAGCGCAGCUAAUCAACAGCUACGACAUGCUGAUCAACCCUGAGAAGAUGGGCCACAGGUUUCAGUUCUUCUCUGUGCUCGGUCGAGGUCGGCUGACUCAAAGUCAGGAGAACUCGACGCCGGUGCCUGUGGCGGGCUUUACUGAGCUCACUACGCAAUGAAAACACUGUAAAUGGACAGCAACGUCCACGUGUUCUGAAUGACUACACAACAACAGAUGUACACUGGACUGCACUUGUUUUUAUAGUUUUAAGCACAUUUCUCCCUUUAUGUCUGAAAUCAGCCCCUAUACCCACAUUUACUGUUCUCUACUUUAGCCCACUAAAAGUCCACGUAAAGGAGUGAAUAAAAACAUGGAAGCAAAAUCAAAGUUUGAAAUCGAGGAUGCGGUCUCAUUUCAGAUAAGCCACCAUUUUAUUCCAUUAGUACGAAAGAAAUUACAGUAAUUUAUGCCUUACAAGAAAUAACUGUCAAUUGAAUAAAAUUGCUUCUCUAAACGAAGACAGUUGGGCGAUAUCUGGAGGGUAUGAAACGCCAAAAGCCUGAUACUCCAAAGGUUUGACGAAACUUGCACCUCUCUAUCAACUGAUAAACAAAGCGUGCAAUGUUGCAGGGAUCUACCAUUGUCUACCUGACUACCAUGAUUUUAGUAAUACCAUGUCUAAGUUCUGGAUGCAUGCAUAAACUAUGGUAAACUUUCAUAAGGGCAACUAUAAAUGAGAAAUAAGGGUGACAUUAUUACUUUUUUUUUCUCUGUAAAUAUGUCUAGUUUUAAUACAUUUUAUUUGAAGGAAAGUUAAUUUAAUAAUAAGCCUGAUGAAAGAUCAAUAUCAAUGAUUCUGUCAAAAUUAAUCAUAGCCCUAAAUAAAUUAGGUGUUAACUUUUAACUUGCCUCUAUUUUUGCAAACCCCUUGCUCAUUUGCAGCAUUCAGCUAGAACUAUCACUCGGGUGUCUGCACUGCGGCACACACUGCUGCCGUUUCCAAGGCUGUGCUGGAUGGAUGACUACAAUAUAUGCCUGUGUUUGAACGUCCCAAACUUCUUGAGCUCCUUUGAUGCUAAACAUGUCAUCCAGGCUCCUCCAAACUCAGGGUCUAUGUAUAUGUAUUUUUUGCUGGUGCUUCUUGCAGUUGUGGAUGCAGAACACCACCUCUGCAUAAUAGACCUUAGUGAAUAAGGGCACAGCAGUAACUGGUGUGAUUAAAUGCUUUCCUGGCUCUGCUCUCUCUCCA